GUCAGUCCUGCUGCCAACAUGAGUAAUCCGUAAAUUUCGUUUGUAAAUCCAUACAUGUAGUUGCGGGGCAUGAUCGCUUUUGCAUAAAUCCUUCUUGGUACCCUAAACUUUUUUUACCAAAAGAAAGAAAGAAAAAAAGGAAGAAGGAGAUUUCAGCCUGGUAAUGUGCAACUCAUGCAAUUCUAGAUCACUAGAUAUGCAUUUGCAGCAAUUGAGCAGCAAUGUAUCGACAGAAAACUUGACAACAUAAUGAUGAGGCAGUUUAUAUCAUAAUCCUUUCCAAAAUGGCAUUUCCAAGAAUCUCCAAGACUCAUCAAAACCUCUGGAAAUCAAUAAACCCCAUCAACCCAACUGCGUUCUUUUCCCUCAUCUUCACCAACAACCACACGCCCUCAUCGAAUUCACCCAGACCCAUUUGCACCAGAACCCACGGUGACCCUUUUCUUCCUAAUCCAGACGUGGGCCACGUCGCCGAUGGUCUCAUUUCCAUCUUCACCAAGCAACCUUUCUCCCCAGACAACCCAGAUUUGAAGCAUUUUGCUUCAAGAAUCACCCCAAAAGCAGUCGAAUGCGUGCUGAAUGGGCUCAAGAGCUGGAAGCUAGCUCACUUGUUCUUCACCUGGGCGUCAAACCAAUGUGGGUACAAGCACAAUUGUUAUACCUACAAUGCCAUGGCUUCACACCUAUCACGUGCUCGACAAAAUGCCCCAAUGAGAGCCCUGGCCAUGGAAGUUGUGGAUUCCAAUUGUUAUAUGACCCCUGGAGCUUUGGGUUUCUUUCUAAGAUGCUUAGGGAGUGUGGAGUUGGUUGAAGAAGCCAACAUUUUGUUUGAUCAAGUUUGUACAAAGGGUCUUUGUGUUCCAAAUAGCUAUAGCUAUAACUGUUUGUUGGAGGCUAUAUCCAAGUCUGGUUCGAUUGAGUUGCUCGAGAAGCGAAUGAAAGAAAUGGGGGAUUCUGGUUUGGAAUUCGAUAGGUACACAUUGACUGCGGCGUUGAAGGUUUAUUGCAAUGCAGGGAAGUUCGAAAAGGCUUUGAAUGUUUACAAUGAGAUGCAUGAGAAGAGCUGGGUGGAUGCACAUGCCUUGUCUAUCUUGGUGUUGCAUUUGAGCAAGUCGGGUGAGGUGGACAAGGCUUCUGAUUUGAUUGAAAGAAUGGAACGUCGCAAUCUUGGCUUGAAUGACAAGACAUUUCGUGUUUUGAUUCAUGGGUUUGUGAGGGAGUCCAGAGUGGAUAAGGCCCUCCAACUGUUUGAUAAAAUGCGGAAGUCAGGUUUCUCUGUUGACAUUUCUCUUUAUGAUGUACUGAUUGGAGGGCUCUGUAAGAAUAGAGAGAUUGAGAAAGCCUUGUCUAUGUAUUCGGAAAUGAAGGAUUUGGGAAUCCAUUCUGAUGUUAGAGUCCUUACGAAGCUCAUAUUAGCUUGUUCUGAUGAAAGGGAAAUGAUUCAGAUGCUUGAGGAAAGUCAGGAAGAUUUAAAUGAAGAGGAUAUGCUUUUGCUUUGCAGUUCUGUGCUGAAUAGUCUGGUUAAUAACAACUCCAUUGACAGAGCUUAUCGACUGCUUCAGGCAAUGAUGAAAAAAGAAUCUGAUGCUGAUCCAGUAGUAAAGAAAAAGGUUCGUCCUGCCACCCGUUCAUUUGAAAUUGUUAUUGAUGGCCUUCUAAAAUUUGGUAAGUUGGCCGUGGCAUUAAGCCUUUUGGAAGAUAUGAAUCAGAUUGGGUGUAAACCAAAUGUAGUAAUUUACAAUAAUGUAAUUGAUGAACUGUGCAAAUCAAAUAGAUUGGAGGAAAGUUAUAAGCUUCUGAGAGAGAUGGAGCAAUCUGGAGUUGAACCAACACAUUUUACCCGUAACUCGAUAUAUGGUUGCCACUGUAGAAGAGAGGAUGUUCAAGGAGCCCUUAACCUAGUGAAGGAGAUGCGUGUUUGUGGACAUGAACCAUGGAAAAAACAUUCCACCUUGCUCGUGAAGCAGUUGUGCGAACAUGGAAAGGCAGCUGAAGCUUGUAAUUUUCUUGAUAAAAUGGUUGAAGUAAGUUUUGUCCCUCGUCUAGUUUCCUAUUCUGCGGUUAUUAGUGGAUUACUCAAAAUUCAAGAAGUAGAUCGAGCUUUACAGCUGUUUCAGGACAUCUGUGCUGAUGGCUAUUGUCCUGAUGUAGUUUUCUAUAACAUAUUGAUAAAUGGUCUGUGUAAGGCCAAAAGAGUCUCGGAAGCAGAAAACUUUCUGAAGGAGAUGGUCAUGAAGGGGCUUGUUCCCUCAGUUGUAACCUACAAUCUGCUGAUAAAUGGAUAUUGUAAAAACGGUGAUGUAGAUAAAGCCAUGAUGUGCCUCUCCAGGAUCUUUGAUGAAGCCAGAGAACCUAACGUGAUUACAUACACCAUGUUAAUAGACGGAUUAUGCAAUGCUGGAAGGAUUGAUGAUGCUCUUAUGCUUUGGAAUGACAUGGCGAAGAAAGGAUGUGCUCCAAACAGAAUUGCAUUUAUGGCUCUUAUUAACGGUCUUUCCAAGUGUGGUAAGCCUGCUGAGGCUUUAGCCUAUCUUCGUGAGAUGGAAGAGAAGGAAAUGAAACCUGGGAUACAUGUAUAUUCAGCAGUAAUAAGUUAUUUAAUCUCUAAUUUAAACCUUCCCCCUGCCACUUGAGGUUUAGAAAGAGAUGGCUGAUAGUGAAGGUAAGUAUAUGUUUUUAUUUUUCUCAAUAUUACAUUAGUUGCCGCUGAUUAUAGUGGCCUGCAUUACAUUUUAGCCACAGGACUGCUCAGUCUAUACUGCAUUUAUGCAAAUCCUCUCAGAUGUCAACCGUAUUUUCAAUUUUGUUGCAUUUUAGUUUCAAAUUUUACAAAAAUCUGGUUGCAAGCAACACCAUAUGGGAAAAAUCAUGAAACUGCGCACUAACAAAAUCAAUGAAAAGCGAUUG